UUUUGGAUGACAAGCCUUCCUUGGGCACUCGAUUCCCUCGAUUCAUCAAAAAAAAAAAUUGUCUUUCCGAUUUGAUCGUUGGAGUUGCUGCAAGUGUCUCGACUUGUUUAUAUUUAUUACAAAUUUUAAUUAAUAUCAAUCUUCCAAAAUGAAAAUCUACAAAGAUAUCUUCAGCGGUGAUGAGAUGUUUGCAGACACCUUCAAAAUAAAACUUGUUGAUAAUGUUAUCUACGAAGUUUAUGGAAAGCUUGUCCAACGUAAACAAGGAGAAAUUGUUAUUGCUGGAGCAAAUCCAUCUGCUGAAGAAGCUGAUGAAGGUACUGAUGAGACUGUUGAAUCAGGUGUUGAUAUUGUUCUCAAUCACAAUCUCGUAGAAUCAUAUGCAUUUGGUGACAAAAAAUCAUACACUCAAUAUCUUAAGGAAUACAUGAAAAGAUUGGUUGCUAAAUUGGAAGAAACUCAACCAGAUCAAGUUGAUGUUUUCAAAACUAACAUGAACAAAGUCAUGAAAGAUAUUUUGGGAAGAUUCAAAGAAUUGCAAUUUUUCACUGGUGAAAGUAUGGACAUUGAUGGUCUUGUUGGUCUUAUGGAAUACCGUGACAUUGAUGGUGUAUCAACACCAGUUAUGAUGUUCUUCAAACAUGGAUUAGAAGAAGAGAAAUUUUAAUACUCAAUAAUUUUUUUUUUAGAUAUCCGAAAAUAUGGAAAAUUAAAUUUUUUAAGUUUUUAAAAUUUCAAAGAUAAAAAAAAAAAAAACUAUCACUCUUAUUUUUUAAUUUUUAUUUUGUUUAAUAAUUUAAAUUAGAAAAAAAAGAAAAAAAAAUUUAAACUCAAUAGUUUAAGAUAACUUUGAAAAAUCUGUUUUUAAUUCGUUUUUUUGUUGAUUGUUCGACUGCCAAUAAUAUUAAUCGAAAAGAAAAAAACAAAAAUUACAAUAAAUAAAUACAAAUUUUAAAAUCUGAA